AUGGAAAAUCAGAAGCAAAAUGCGGAUCGCGCACCUGUGGAAGCUGAUUCGCGCGAUGGUGAAAAGGAAUUCAAAACUGGGAGAGAACGAAUUGAAAAAAUGUCAGCAGAAGUUGUGGAUUCAAACCCCUACAGCCGCCUAAUGGCAUUGCAGCGAAUGGGAAUCGUUAAGGAAUACGAAAAAAUCCGAGAAAAAAGCGUAGCCGUUGUUGGUGUGGGAGGUGUGGGUAGCGUAACAGCAGAUAUGUUGACACGAUGCGGUGUUGGUAAACUUAUGCUGUUCGAUUAUGAUAAGGUGGAGUUGGCAAACAUGAAUCGACUUUUCUUCACACCGGAUCAAGCAGGACUUUCAAAAGUUGAGGCUGCGGCGAAGACGUUGCAAUUCAUCAACCCUGACGUGGCAAUUACUACGCACAAUUACAACAUUACAACUGUUGAGAACUUUGAUCGGUUUCUCGAUGCCAUUCGAACAGGUGGUAUUGAAAAUGGUGCCCCAGUUGAUCUGGUACUCAGCUGUGUUGAUAAUUUUGAAGCCCGAAUGGCGAUAAACACGGCUUGCAACGAACUAAACCUCUAUUGGUUUGAAUCAGGUGUGUCCGAAAAUGCUGUUUCGGGUCACAUACAGUUCAUAAGGCCAGGAGAAACGGCAUGUUUUGGCUGCGCACCACCAUUAGUUGUUGCGGAGAACAUCGACGAAAAGACACUUAAACGCGAAGGUGUUUGUGCUGCUAGCCUGCCAACGACCAUGGGUAUUGUGGCCGGCAUGUUAGUACAGAAUACGCUCAAAUAUUUGCUUCAUUUCGGCAUUGUCUCUGACUACCUCGGUUACAAUGCAAUGAACGAUUUCUUUCCUAGUAUGAGUCUGAAACCGAACCCAACAUGUGAUGAUCGAUUUUGCAUUCAACGCCAGCAGGAGUACUUGGUCAAACCACUACCUGACUUGGAUGCCUCUAACGUCCCUGAAACGGAUUCUGGAAUUCCGCUGCAUGAAGAUAAUCUAUACGGUAUCGAAUUAGUGGUUGAAAAUGACGGCAUACUGACUAGUAGUGAUAAGUUACCAAACGUUGCAAGUAACAUUGUUGAAGGCCUGAAAUUGGCAUACGAUGCGGCUGUUAUAGAAAAUACAUCCCAGGUAUCAACGCAGGACGAUGUAAGCCUAGAAGAAUUAAUGGCACAAAUGUCAGGCAUGUGUAAAUCUUCCAAGAAAGAGUGA